AUGGUCAAAGAGAUUCAUACUAACCACCCUGACAAUCUCAAGGCCCUUCGCAGCAUCAAGAACCUCAUGCCUCUUUUGGACCGUGUCCUUGUCCAGAGAAUAAAACCAGAAGCCAAGACCGCUUCCGGCAUUUUCCUCCCCGAGAGCUCCGUAAAGGAGCUUAAUGAAGCCCGUGUUUUGGCUGUCGGGCCUGGCGUCUUGGAUAAGAAAGGGAACAGAAUUGCUAUGAGCGUGACUGCUGGUGAUAAGGUCUUGAUUCCUCAGUACGGUGGAAGCGCCGUCAAAGUCGGUGAGGAGGAAUACACUUUGUUCCGCGAUCACGAGUAA